AUGGAAAUUUUAAUAAAUAAGCUAUUUAAAUAUCAUUUUAUUAUGAGCUGGUGCCUAAAUCCUGAAAUUCAUCCUAAAUACCUUUAUUGUCCUUCAAAACAGUUCAAGAAAUUGAAAGCUCCUUUUAGCCAGUUCAGAAAUAAGAAAAAUAAAUGCAAAUCGGUACAUUCUGAAACAUAUUGAGAAAUAAAGCACAAUAUUAGGAAAAAUUUUAGGUACGGGCGAUUUCAUAAGAAAAGGCAAAAGUAUAACAAUUAUGAAUGCAGAUACUAUUCUGAUUAUUAUUAUAAUUAUUACUAUAAGCAAACAAAAGAUCCAAAAGAAGUUUAUGAGAAAAGAUUCAAUGCAAGCAAAGUUAUAGAAACAGUCUAUCAAAAAACGAUAAAGCUGAAAAACUUGGAAGACGCAAUUGAAAAAUCUAAAGAAAAUAAUGGGAAAAAGAGGAAAAGAGUAAAAAAGGAUUAUGAAGAUCGAUAUAUUGACUUAGGCAGAAAAUCUUCAAUUGAUAACCUAAUAUAUCUAACUCCCCACUUCUGUGAUCAAGCAAAACCAUUGAAAAAUCCUUUUUUUUUAUGAAACCCAUCCUGAGUAAGCGAAUAAAUAUUUUUUAUAUAAAAUUAUUAUAAAAAAAAAAAUAUUAUGAUAUAUAAGUGAUAAAUAUUAAAAAAAAAUCUCUAGCUAAUUCUGUUUAAUUUUAAAUAACUUGCAUUUUAAAACAUAAAUUUUAGAAAUUAAAUUAAUUUUUACUUCUAAUUUUUAUGGAUUAGAUUUUUUUAAAUUUCAAAAAAAAUGAAUAUAAAAAUUUAUAUAUAAUGUUUUUAAAAUAGUAAACUCCUCUAUCUGGCAGUUAGCCCUACCUAUCUGGCAGUCUGGCUCUAUCUGGAAAUCUGGCAGUCUGCAGUCUGCCUCUACUUGACAGCCUGGCAGUCUGGCUUUACCUCUCUCUGUUAGCCCUGUCUGGCAGUUUGGUUCUACCUGACAGAUUGGCAGUCUGGCUUUAUCAAAAUAAGCUUCCAAUCUUUUUGAAGUAUUAAUUUAACUAAUUGCACUAUAAUAUAUUAGAUAAAAUACAAUGGCUUAUGAUAGAAAUAUUGGCAGAAAAUGAUACAUUAAAAAGACUUAUAUCUAUAUUGCAAAAUUCAAUGAUUUACAGAGGAAUAAGUUCCUGAUAGUGAAAAAGCGUUUAAUACUCAAAAUAAAAUAGUAUUAUUAUAUUAGUAAACAAAAUCUUAAUAAAUCCCUAUAAUUCUAUAAAAAGCUAUAUAAUUGCAAUCAAUCAUAAAAUCAAGUUAUUUUACAUUUUAAAGUGUUUAAAAUGACAUCAUUUGAUAAAUAAUUUUUAAAUUAUAUAAAAAUAAAGACAUAAAAGCUUGGAAAGGAAAUUUUAGACGUGCAACAAAUAAGUUAUUUCGCAUUUUGAACUAAAAUUUGAUUAUUUCUUUAAAAUUUAAAAAUAGAUAUAAAUUUUUUAAAGCAAAAUAAAUAUUCGUAAACUCUCUAAAUAGCUUUGAUUCUAUUAAUUACGAGAUUCAAUUAAUUUUAAUCGCUUAUUUUCUAAGUGAGAGGUCACUGCUUUCUAAAUAAUAUCGUUAAUUUUUUUUAUUUUUGGAGAAAUUUUAUUUAUAUUGAUAAGAUAUUUUAAUAUUAUUAAAUGCUUUAAUUAUGUAACAUACUUCUUAUUAGCUUAAUACUGCAAAAUUGCUUAUGCAACUAAAAAUAGAAAGGUAGAAUUUGAAGGGAAAACAAGAGAAGUGGAAUUGAAUUUAUUUUUAAUAUUAUAAUUAUUAAAUAAUAUUAAAUUUUCAAUUGAAUUUGCAUUAAAAAAUAGAUUCUUAAUAAACUAUUAGUCAAAAAAAUUAAUUAAGAGGUUUUACGAUCAAUAUAUACCUUCUGCACUAAACAAAUUACUUUAAAAAAUUAACUUUAUAUUAAAUUUAAGAUAAGAAUUCAAUGGAUUUAUUUAUUAAUGAAAAAAUGACGAAUAUGUUAGAUAAUCUGCGUAAUUUCUCAAUCAAUUUUUUUUGCGUUUAUAUUGUUUUUCAACAUAUAAUUUAAUUUUUGUACGUAAAUAUUUGUUUCUAAUUUUAAAAAACAUAUACAAAUUGACAAGUAGAUCCCCUUCAAUUUUUUAUCAUUUCUCUAUAUGCCUAUCCUGUUUUUGCAACUACUAAUGUUAUUUAUUAUAAAAUUAUGGAGUAUUUUUUAAAAAUACACAAAUAAAGGAUUUUAGCUAAAGAUAUUUAUUUCUAAUUUAAUAUUAGAUGGCUAUCGUUACAAAAUAAUAUGAAUAUUCAUGAAAGUUCCUAUAGAACUUGAGGUAGAGCCUGACUAUCAGGAGAGCCGGACUGCCAGACAGAGCCGGGCUGCCAGACUACUAGAUUGCCAGAUAGAAUUAGAUAGUGUCAGACUACCAGAUAAAGCUAGACUGCCAGACAGAGCUAGGUUUGACCAAAUCGCUCCGUGAGCGCAAAAAAUUUUGUUCGCUAUGGUGGGGGGAGUGGCUUCUUUGUACAUGAAAUAAAGAAUCAGCAUGCAAUUAACAGAAAAAAGCAAUCUUUCAUAUUAAUAAAAUAUCAUCAUGUCCUACAAGUAGCUUAUAAUAAGGAGAAAAAAACAUUAAAAAUUUUAUGUUUUAAAAUGCAAGUUGUUUAAAAUUAAACAGAAUAAGCAAGAAAUUUCAUUAUAAUAAUUAUCACUUAUAUUAUAAAAUUUUUUUCAUAAAAAUUUUUUGUUCGCUCACGGAGGGUGAGUUUUUGGGCAAUUUUCCAAUGGUUUUGUUCGCUUACGUAGGGGGGAGUAAGCCUUUCUAUAUAA